UGCGCGCUGUGGCGCGCGGGCGGCGGCGCGGCCUGCGCGCCCCGCUGCCUGCACGGCGGCCUCUGCGUCCGCAACGGCAYCUGCCUCUGCUCCAAGGGCUACGAGGGCGAGCGCUGCCAACACGCAACUUGUUAUCCCAAAUGCAAAAAUGAUGGGGAGUGCCUCAGACCUGGAAAAUGCCGAUGUCCGCCUGGCUAUGGGGGUAGAUACUGUCAUAAAGUGAGCUGUGAAGGGGGCUGCCGGAACGGAGGGCAGUGCAUCUCUGUCAACGGCGUCGUGAAGUGCCUCUGUGCGUCUGGCUGGACGGGAUCAAGGUGCCAGGAAGCAAUUUGUCCUCAAGGCUGUCGGAAUAACGGAGCUUGCGUGGCUCCAGGGAUUUGUAGCUGUCCUGCUGGCUGGGUCGGUGGAGCUUGUCACUUAGCCGUGUGCAAACUGCCCUGUGAACACGGAGGGAAAUGCGUCGCUCCAAAYGUGUGCAGGUGUCGACCACCCUACUCCGGUCUCCAGUGCACAAAGAAAAGGAAGGAAUGAAGCAGCCUCAGUGAAGACGAGCUCCAUUUUCCUUGUGUAGCUCUUCAUAUAUAGAUGGCGUCCAGAGCGACACUCAGGGGGCAGGAGGGGGACGCAACGUGGGAACUGAUUUCAUGUAAUGGAGCUUUUUUCUGUUUCACAUAGAUUAAAUAAAGGCUCUUAUACAAUGGAAAAUUCUUCAGAUGGUAACAAAGGUGUUGUGAGUAUCUAAGUAUAUCCUGUGUAUAUAGUGUAUUGCACAGGUUGUUUUUUGUUCUUAUUUUCCUUCAGAAGCAGAAUUACUUUUUUGUAAUAGUUGAUAGAACUGACCUUGAAGUAAAAUUUGCUCUCUGAAUAAAGUACUUCAGAAUGGA